AUUUAACAAUGAGCCAUUUCAGCAGCCGCCUGUCUCAAGUCACACAUUAAGAUAAACAAAGAGCAGCAAACAAAGAUGGACACAGUUCUGCUCAUUAUGGCAGGGCUGUGUGCUGUCUCAUCACAUGCUGAACGUCAGUACCAUGUUGUUUAUGACCCAAAGACCUGGACUGAAGCACAAAGUUACUGCAGAGAGAAAUACACAGACCUGGCUACUGUCGACAACAUGGAGGACGUGAUGACCCUGAUCAACAUGACAGAUACAAGCAAACUGACUGACACACAAGCCUGGAUUGGACUGUACGAUGACGUCAACAGCUGGAGGUGGUCACUGUCAGACACAAGUUUCUACAAAGACGGGGAGACAGAGUUCAGACGAUGGGGGAAUACACAACCAGACAGUUACGAGAGUAACGAACACUGCACAGCGAUGUAUGAGGAUGGACUAUGGAAUGAUCUCUCUUGUAAUAACAGCCUUAAGGUCGUCUGCUCAUAUGUCAGAGGGUCGGAUGUGACAUUUAUCCUCAUCACCAAAUCCAUGACAUGGACUGAGGCCCAGAGCCACUGCAGAGUAAAUUACACAGACCUGACCAGUGUGAGGAACAUGACAGAGAACCAGAAGGUACAGGAGCUGAUACCUGCAGGAGAACGUGUCUGGAUCGGCCUCUUCAGAGACUCCUGGAAGUGGUCGGAUGGAAGUAGCUCCUCAUUUAGGCCCUGGAUACCAGAGCAACCUGAUAACGCUAGAGGGAAUGAGGAUUGUGUGGCUGCACACUUUGGCUACUCCGGACAAUGGCACGAUGACAGCUGUGACGACAGGAGAGCGUUCAUUUGCUACAGCACACCUGUGGGAGAAAAAACCAAACAGCAAACUACGACAAAACAAGUGUUCAGACUGAAGUUUCACACACAGGACUCCUCUCUGGAUCCGAAUGACCCUGCUGUGAUGGAGGACACCUUGAAGAAGCUCAAACAGAAGCUGAAGGACCAGGGGCUGGGGCUGUGUGCUGUCUCAUCACAUGCUGAACGUCAGUAUCAUUUUGUUUAUGACCUGAAGAACAUGACUGAAGCACGAAGUUACUGCAGAGAGAAAUACACAGACCUCGCCACUAUCGAUAGCAUGGAGGACGUGACGACCCUGAUCAACAUGGCAGAUACAAGCAGAAUGGUCUACUCAGAUGGAUACAACAACCGAGCCUGGAUAGGGCUGUACGAUGACGUGGACAGCUGGAGGUGGUCACUGUCUGACACAAGUUACUACAAAGACGGGGAGACAGAGUUCAGACAAUGGUCGCCUGGAGAGCCAAAUAAUGAAUACAGUGGAGAACACUGCACAUGGAUGUAUGACAGUGGCCUUUGGAAUGAUGCCCCAUGUGAAUGGCAAUAUAAGGCAGUCUGCUCAGACGUCAGAGGGUCUAAUGUGACAUUUGUCCUCACUGACGCCUCCAUGACAUGGACUGAGGCCCAGAGCCACUGCAGAGUAAACUACACAGACCUGACCAGUGUGAGGAACAUGACAGAGAACCAGAAGGUACAGGAGCUGAUACCUGCAGGAGAACGUGUCUGGAUCGGCCUCUUCAGAGACUCCUGGAAGUGGUCGGAUGGAAGUAGCUCCUCAUUUAGGUACUGGAAACUGAAACCUAAGGAACCUAAUAACAACUAUGGGAAGGAGGCUUGUGUGGCUGCAGACUUUGGCCAAUCUGGAGGAUGGGAGGACUGGAACUGUGACUUUGAGAGAGCGUUCAUUUGCUACAGUGUGUCAGUGCCUGUUUCAAAGAAAGCAAUGAAAGUGAUGAAGGUGAGGUUUGAGACACAGGACUCCUCUCUGGAUAUGAAUGACCCUGUUGUGAUGGAGGACAUCUUAAAGAAGCUCAAACAGAAGCUGAAGGACCAGGGGCUGAAUGACGACAUCAAACUGAGCUGGAGGAAGCAGCCAGAUGGGAAAGUCUUCCACAAGGAAGAGAAGAAGAAGAAGAAGACCAGUCCGAAAAAAGAUGAGCUUUGGCUGUGUGCUGUCUCAUCACAUGCUGAACGUCAGUACCAUGUUGUUUAUGACCUGAAGAACUGGACUGAAGCACAAAGUUACUGCAGAGAGAAAUACACAGACCUGGCUACUGUCGACAACAUGGAGGACAUGACGACCCUGGACAACAUGGCAGAUACAAGCAGAAUGGUCUACUCAGAUGGAUACAACAACCUAGCCUGGAUUGGACUGUACGAUGACAUUAACAGCUGGAGGUGGUCACUGUCAGACACAAGUUUCUACAAAGACGGGGAGACAGAGUUCAGACACUGGGGGAAUACACAACCAGACAGUUACGAGAGUAACGAACACUGCACAGUGAUGUAUGAGGAUGGACUAUGGAACGACGUCCCUUGUAAUAGCCGCUAUAAGGUCGUCUGCUCAUAUGUCAGAGGGUCGGAUGUGACAUUUAUCCUCAUCACCAAAUCCAUGACAUGGACUGAGGCCCAGAGCCACUGCAGAGUAAACUACACAGACCUGACCAGUGUGAGGAACAUGACAGAGAACCAGAAGGUACAGGAGCUGAUACCUGCAGGAGAACUUGUCUGGAUCGGCCUCUUCAGAGACUCCUGGAAGUGGUCGGAUGGAAGUAGCUCCUCAUUUAGGCCCUGGAGUCAGAUGGAACCAAAUAACGUUGAAGGGACUGAGUAUUGUGUGGCUGCAAGUUUUGGAAACUCUGGACAAUGGGAGGACUGGCCCUGUGACGUCAGGAGAGCAUUCAUUUGCUACAGUCGACCUACAAGUCAGACAACAAGCAGCAGCACGGCUGGAUUCAGCACACCACCUCACUACCUCACCACUUCCAGUGAGACACAGCCUGAAUCAGCUACAAGUCAGACAACAAGCAGCAGCACGGCUGGAUUCAGCACACCACCUCACUACCUCACCACUUCCAGUGAGACACAGCCUGAAUCAGCUACGACAAAACAAGUGAUCAGACUGAAGUUUCACACACAGGACUCCUCUCUGGAUCCGAAUGACCCUGCUGUGAUGGAGGACACCUUGAAGAAGCUCAAACAGAAGCUGAAGGACCAGGGGCUGGGUGACAACAUCAAACUGAGCUGGAGGAAGCAGCCAGAUGGAAAAGUCUUCCACAAGGAAGAGAAGAAGAAGAAGAAGACCAAAAAGGAUGAGCUUUAAGGCUGAAUUGUUGUGUUUGGUUUCAUCAGAGAAAAGUGGAUUUCUUUCCUUAAAGUCUUCAUGUAAUGGGUCAGAAUAGAUCUGCAACAAUUAGCUGAUUAAUCCAUCAGUCGCAACUAUUUUGAAUUAAUCCUUUUAAUUAUUUUGCAGAUGAAAAAGUCAAAUAUGGGGCGGCACGGUGGUGUGGUGGUUAGCACUCUCGCCUCACAGCAAGAGGGUUGCCGGUUCGAUCCCGGGCGUGGGAGCCCUUCUGUGUGGAGUUUGCAUGUUCUCCCCGUGUCAGCGUGGGUUCUCUCCGGGCACUCCGGCUUCCUCCCACAGUCCAAAGACAUGCAGGUUAAUUGGUAACUCUAAAUUGUCCGUAGGUGUGAAUGUGAGCGUGAAUGGUUGUCUGUCUCUAUGUGUCAGCCCUGCGAUAGUCUGGCGACCUGUCCAGGGUGAACCCUGCCUCUCACCCGAUGUCAGCUGGGAUAGGCUCCAGCCCCCACCGCGACCCUCAAGAGGAUGAAGAGGUUAGAAGAUGAAUGAAUGAAUGAAUGAAAAAGUCAAAUAUUUUCUGCUUUCAGCUUCCCAGAUUUGAAGAUUUGAUGCUUUUCUUCGUCAUUUAUGGUCAUGAGGUUAAUAUCUUGGGGCAAGAAAAAGAAGUUAGAAUUUAUCUGUUUGGGUUGUUGGAAAUGAAAGCAGACAUUUUUCAUUGUUUUCUUUUUAUUUCAUUUUAUAGAUGAGAUAUAAAGAUAAGAUGAGAAGGAAGCUCCAGAGAGAAAAACAACUUUAAAUCAAAGCUCCUGCUCAGCUGUGAGUCAGGGCUGGGGAGAAGGAAGAAUAGGGAGAUAUAAAAAGUAAAAAGGGUAAGAGAAUGGAGUCAGCAGAACUGUCAGAUCAUAACUGUUUUAAACGUCUUACAUCAAAAUAUCUUAGAAAUCAUGUGUCUCUAAACCACAAAGCACAACAGGCCUUUUUCACAGGAGUUAUUUUGACUUGUCACAGUGGGAGCAAAAACACAGGAUUCCAUUUAGCUGCAUCCUGCAUCUCACUGGAGCACUUCGUUAGCCAUCAUUAUUACAACAUAUUGUACCACAAUAGCCAUAAUUGUUAUUGUCAUAUUAUUACUUAAAUUAAUGUUGUUGUAAGCUACUGUCAUUACCGUCUGUCCUGCAUCUCUCUCUCUGUGUCUCUCUCUCUCUCUCUCUCUCUGUCUCAUUGUGUCAUGUGGAUUACUGUUAAUUUAUUAUGCUGAUCUGUUCUGUACGACAUCUAUUGCACGUCUGUCCGUCCUGGAAGAGGGAUCCCACCUCAGUUGCUCUUCCUGAGGUUUCUACCGGGGAGUUUUUCCUGAUCAGCUGUGAGGGUCCAAAGGACAGAGGGAUGUCGUAUGCUGUAAAGCCCUGUGAGGCAAAUUGUGAUUUGUGAUAUUGGGCUUUAUAAAUAAAAUUGAUUGAUUGGUGGAUAUAGGUAGUAACACUUGUGCUUUACCUACUACAACACGUCAAAAUGUCUGCAGGGUGAACAUGUUUAUUCUGCAUCACCCAGAGCUCAAACUCAAAACCUCAAACACCAACAACAAGCCAGGAUCUUGUUGAGCUACUUGAUUGGUAUCACAGUGCGACCUCGACAAUCACCAGAGCUGCACGUAUAUAAAGGCAGAUUUCAAACUAACUGUCAAAAAGUCAGUCAAUAAGACACAAUUCUGAGAUUUUUUGCACUCUCUACACAACAUAGAGAUGUCUGAAAAUUCAUUUUAACGAAGGUAGUUUUCUCUGUAAGUGACAAACUGAUAUUUCUUAUUUCCACUUACUGCUAUAGAUUUAGGGUGUUUUCACACUGCAGCACAAACACUGAGGUUUUCCACCAAUUUAAGCUCAUCUGAAAGCGCGGGGCUUCAUAACCGCACUGCAGUGCCACGUCAAAGUAAAAACAAAACUAUGUCAAUAUAUAUAUAUAUAUAGUGUGAACAGAGAGAGGACUGAGGCCCCAUCAGAGCUGAAGUUGACCAGAAAGAGAACUGAGUCCUCUUUUAAAUGAACUGACAAUGUGAACACAAAAAGAACUGAGUCCCUUUUCUGUUUGUCCACUUUUUGGUGCACUUCAAGAGGACUGAGUUCGGUUCAUUAAAAAGGACUUUAUUUGAAAACACCCUUAAUUAGGAUAUCAAAAAGAGCAGUCAAAUUCUACAAACGCCUCCUGCCAUUACAUGGCUCUCCUUUUCAGCUGUUCCUGAGGCUCACCUCCUCUAACAGCACACCAGGAGAACCCUCACACAAUCCAACCCAAGAAAAAAGAAACUUUAUCUACUAUCGGACAUCUAUCACAAAAACCCCAAAACAAACUUCAGCGCCAUUUGGCUCUAAAAAGACACGAUGCACGAUGGCAAUCAACAACAUGCAAAAUAUAUUUGUAUUCAAAGACGUUAUAUAGUAAAGAAUCAUCUGGAUUAUUCUUAUUCUGUAACCUUAUUAAGAAUGCAAAUUUCCUUAAAAUUAUUCAUGUGUUUUUUUUUAAUGUUACUCUAACAUCUCAAAUGUUCAGAUCUAUAAUUUUCUUUGUCAUAUUCUAUAUUUUGCAGUAAAUGUAAAAUGUUGUGGUUUGGUUUGAGAAAUAAAAUUAU